UUGAGUUGGUGAGAUCAUCUUCUUCUCAACUUCAUCGAUCUUAUCGUCUCGAAAAUUGUCACCUUUUCUUCUCAGCUACUUCAGGCGGAGAAACACUUUCCGUGGUUUAGUGUUGAGGACGAUCACUGUUUGUAAUUCGAUGGCGAGGAAGAAGAUCAGAGAAUAUGACUCCAAGAGACUUCUCAAGGAGCAUUUGAAGCGUCUUGCUAAUAUUGACCUGCAGAUUCGCUCUGCUCAGGUGACAGAAUCUACGGAUUUCACUGAGUUAACCAACCAGGAGUCAUGGCUAUCGUCCACAAAGCUAGUUGUGAAACCGGAUAUGCUAUUUGGGAAACGCGGGAAAAGUGGUUUGGUAGCUCUAAAGCUGGAUCUUGCUGAAGUUGCAGACUUUGUCAAAGCCCGCCUCGGCACUGAGGUCGAGAUGGAGGGAUGUAAAGCACCUAUCACUACAUUCAUUGUGGAGCCUUUUGUGCCUCAUGAUCAAGAAUACUACCUCUCUAUAGUAUCUGAUAGACUUGGAUGCACUAUAAGCUUCUCUGAAUGUGGUGGCAUUGAAAUAGAAGAGAAUUGGGACAAAGUGAAGACUAUAUUUCUUCCUGCGGAAAAGUCGAUGACGCUAGAAGUAUGUGCUCCAUUAAUAGCAACUCUUCCUCUUGAGGUUCGAGCUAAAAUCGGCAACUUCAUAAUGGGUGCCUUUGCUGUAUUUCAAGAUUUGGAUUUCAGUUUUAUGGAGAUGAAUCCUUUUACACUAGUCGAUGGAGAACCAUUCCCUCUGGAUAUGAGAGGAGAAUUAGAUGACACUGCUGCCUUCAAGAAUUUCAACAAGUGGGGAGACAUUGAAUUUCCUCUGCCAUUUGGAAGGGUCCUCAGUUCUACAGAGAACUUCAUCCAUGGUUUAGAUGAGAAGACAAGUGCUUCUUUGAAGUUCACUGUUUUGAAUCCUAAAGGCCGCAUUUGGACGAUGGUAGCUGGAGGUGGUGCUAGCGUCAUAUAUGCUGAUACAGUUGGGGAUUUAGGUUAUGCAUCAGAGCUUGGAAACUACGCAGAGUAUAGUGGAGCACCUAAUGAGGAAGAGGUGUUACAAUAUGCAAGAGUUGUCAUUGAUUGUGCCACUACUGAUCCUGACGGGCGUAAACGAGCUCUUCUAAUUGGAGGAGGCAUUGCCAAUUUCACUGAUGUGGCAGCUACUUUCAACGGUAUCAUUCGAGCGCUAAGAGAAAAGGAAACAAGAUUGAAAGCAUCAAGAAUGCACAUUUACGUAAGGAGAGGUGGACCAAAUUACCAGACUGGUUUGGCUAGAAUGCGAGCUUUAGGAGAGGAACUUGGUGUCCCUCUAGAGGUAUAUGGUCCAGAGGCAACAAUGACGGGAAUAUGCAAACGAGCCAUUGACUGCAUCAUGUUGCCUGAUGCAUAACCUACCCAAACCUUUUAUCUCUUCUUCAGUUUGAAAGCAGAACAAAAGCUUUGGAGCUGGACGAAUGAGUGAGUGUAAAAUGAGUCAUGUCCUUCAUCUCUCUCUUUCCACAUAAGAAAAUGAAAAUCUCUUUAAAACUUUUUUUCCACUGGGUGUGAAUUUGAAAACUGUAUCAUUGUGUGUAAGCGUAAUUGUAAUCAGACGGUCAAAAUCCUUAUUUUGAAAUGUACAAUAAGACUUCAAAAGUUAAUGUUGCUUUUGAUUUUUGUGUGUGGUAAAGCCACACUCGCUCUACACACCAAUCUAUUAUACUAAUGUAAAGGUUUGAAGACAAAUCCAAUUCCAUAUACAAACAUGUCUAUGUAUACAAUAUAUGUCAUAUUGUAUACCUCUCUAUCAGCUCUUCAUUCAAAUGCAAAACAGGAAAAAAAAUGAAAGAAAAAGACUUCCAAAAACAAGAACAAGAAAAUGCAGAAGAAGCAACAUCUUUUAAAGAACAGAGAAUAAUCUCUGUUUCUGUUGGUGAUCUGACUAUUACAGUCUCUUGCUCUGUGAUCUUGAAA